UUUGGGGAGAAAUGAAACUGCAGAUUGAGUUAGUAUCUGAAGACAGCCACAGGGCCAUUGGAAGAGAUGAACUAUAGUGGUGGAGGUGUCGGGACAUGGACAUCAAGGACAGAGUUAAAAGGUGACCAAAGCUGGUCACGGUGGUGUGAGCCUUUAAUCCCAAGACACAGCAGGCAUAGGCAGGUGGGUCUUUUGAGUUUAAGGUUAGCUUGGCUGGUUCCAGGGCAAGCCAAGGAGACUUCUGAAAAGGAGCAUGGGCAGGCGGACAUGAGGGUUGAGAUUGGGAUUAGAAGCCAGUGAAUGUCUAGUCCACCGGGCCACAGACCAGGAAACUGAUGGGUGGAAACCAGGAGGUGGGGGUGGGGUGGAGACCAGGACAGAUACCAGUGACCUGUGCAGGUCAACCAAGCCCCCCAGCAGAUGUGAGGGCAGAGAGAAGCCCGGCACAAGAGAUGAAGGCAGUGACAGGUGAAGUAAGAUCUGAAAGGGAGCAGCCAGGGUCAUGUGGAGGUGCCCUGGGCACAGAAAGUUGGGACACUACCUCACUGUGCCCUCUUUUUAUCUACGCAGCCCUCUUGGCCACUGAUAUGAGCCCCUACGGGCUUAACCUGAGCCUAGCGGAUGAGGCAACAACGUGUGUAACACCCAGGGUCCCCAAUACAUCUGUGGUGCUGCCAACAGGCGGUAACGGCACAUCACCAGCGCUGCCUAUCUUCUCCAUGACGCUGGGUGCUGUGUCCAACGUGCUGGCGCUGGCGCUGCUGGCCCAGGUUGCAGGCAGACUGCGGCGCCGCCGCUCGACUGCCACCUUCCUGUUGUUCGUCGCCAGCCUGCUUGCCAUCGACCUAGCAGGCCAUGUGAUCCCGGGCGCCUUGGUGCUUCGCCUGUAUACUGCAGGACGUGCGCCUGCUGGCGGGGCCUGUCAUUUCCUGGGCGGCUGCAUGGUCUUCUUUGGCCUGUGCCCACUUUUACUUGGCUGUGGCAUGGCCGUGGAGCGCUGCGUGGGUGUCACGCAGCCGCUGAUCCACGCGGCGCGCGUGUCCGUAGCCCGCGCACGCCUGGCACUAGCCCUGCUGGCCGCCAUAGCUUUGGCAGUGGCGCUGCUGCCACUAGUGCACGUGGGUCACUACGAGCUACAGUACCCUGGCACUUGGUGUUUCAUUAGCCUUGGGCCUCCUGGAGGUUGGCGCCAGGCGUUGCUUGCCGGCCUCUUCGCCGGCCUUGGCCUGGCUGCGCUCCUUGCGGCACUAGUGUGCAAUACGCUCAGCGGCCUGGCGCUCCUUCGUGCCCGCUGGAGGCGGCGUCGCUCUCGACGUUUCCGAGAGAACGCAGGUCCCGAUGAUCGCCGGCGCUGGGGGUCCCGUGGACUCCGCUUGGCCUCCGCCUCGUCUGCGUCAUCCAUCACUUCAACCACAGCCGCCCUCCGCAGCUCUCGGGGAGGCGGCUCCGCGCGCAGGGUUCACGCACACGACGUGGAAAUGGUGGGCCAGCUCGUGGGCAUCAUGGUGGUGUCGUGCAUCUGCUGGAGCCCCCUGCUGGUAUUGGUGGUGUUGGCCAUCGGGGGCUGGAACUCUAACUCCCUGCAGCGGCCGCUCUUUCUGGCUGUACGCCUCGCGUCGUGGAACCAGAUCCUGGACCCAUGGGUGUACAUCCUGCUGCGCCAGGCUAUGCUGCGCCAACUUCUUCGCCUCCUACCCCUGAGGGUUAGUGCCAAGGGUGGUCCAACGGAGCUGAGCCUAACCAAGAGUGGCUGGGAGGCCAGUUCACUGCGUAGCUCCCGGCACAGUGGCUUCAGCCACUUGUGA